AUGGCCACCCGAGAGAUACGUAAUAAAUUAGAUGAGCAGAGGCAGUAUCGCAAAGACCGCGGCCGACACGACCGCGAUGCGAGAGAGCAUUGUUCUUCGGUAAGAAAGAAAAGAAGAAUGAACCCUGAUUUUGUGGAGAAAUGGGACGCUGCUGCCUUAAAGGUAAUGUAACAGAAGAGUUGUUUUAGACAGUUUUGCGCGGACUGUGGCAACUGAAAAAGUUAUAAGUUUAACUGAACCCCAUAUUUUAUCGGCACGCUGUAAGCGUAAGCAGGAAUCUUGUUAUUCUCUUAUAAUCAUGAAAUGUGUAAUAAAAAGAGUAGUGGUGAGGUGAUUAUCCAAGAUUGUUGCAUGGUGGAUUUGUCAAAUUCAAGCUUGUAAGCGGACUGUUGCCCGUUCAGGUCGAAUAAACACAUCAGAAUAAUCACGGCUUCAAACUCGCGUGACACUAUUUCAGGUCUCAAGGGACGGCUAAACAUUCGCCUUCACAAAAGGAACACGACUUAUCACAACAUAUCGAAAGUGAUAACCUACCUCAUCGGGAACUUGUUAAUUUUUUUUUUCUUCUGUAUCAAGGUGAAUUGAUUUAGAAUCUGGCAGCGAUUUCUUCUCAGCUUUUAACACUUGAAAUACAUUGUGCAAGCUCUUUACGAACAAGUGGACGAUACAAUGUUUGAGGUUGUAUGUGUACAGAGAAAUACAUACACACGUCUUUCUUGCCACAAGUUAAGAUAUUUGGAUUUAAGCCAUGUUGGUGGUUAAUAAAAUCGCACUGUAAAUUAAAACAUUUUCACCCAAUUUCCUGUGUAAUUAAAACUCUCAUCGACUUCGUAUAUAUUAUAGCAUCACCUGAAAUGCUCACGGUAUCAAUUAGACUUAAAGCAGAAUUGGUACUGCUCGCGAUUAGGUUCUUCUGGCAGAACCCAUCGUUUCUUUCUUUGUCAUUGAUGUCAAAAUUACUAAUGUAGAGUAAUUUGAAGGAAGUCGAAACCGCUUUAAAAAAGAAGACGUUUCUGCCUCGCUCUUACUUGUUUAUGUAUUGUCCAUGUUAUCUUCAGCUGUUGUAUUGUUGGUCUGAGUGCGCUGCUCCACGUUAAAGGCAUGACAGGUUCACCAUUGCUUCUCGUUCAGACCCUCUAAUUUAUAGUCUAUCAGCUGUAGGCAAAUCGUUUUGCUUUCGAUACCCUUGUCUAGGCAUUAAAACGAAUUCGUGAGGUAAAUAAUUCAACUAAUACACCCAGCGGCAAUACAGCUCUCUAAGAUUGUUGUUAAAUAUAUCAAGCUUGUUUUAUUCCACAAACUACUUAGCUUCCGUGUUACGGUUCCUCGUUCCAAAGCAAAACAAAAUUAGUUUACAUGUAGCUUUCAGCUUUUUUGUGAUAUCUUUCUGUAAAUGAUAUUACUGUUGAAACUAAAACUUUGCCGAAUAGUAAGACAGUGCGUGUUUCAGCUUAUAUUGGAAACCUUCCGGUUUCGUCGAGUUGCCGUUGAGCGUUUUUUCCAUAUUUGGCCAACUUAGUGAAGUUGCUUUGAUUGAAAAAAAAGAAAGUGUAAGUUUUGAUUGCCUGUGGUGACCAGUGCAGGGUUGUAAACAUAUUUGAGUUGUUUGUUCUGAUUCACUUAUAAACUACUGAAUCACAUAAAUUUUUAGCUUUUGCAACCAACAUUAUCAAUUUAGCUAUAAUUAUUUAUAAUCUGUUAAUUUUACAUGCCCUCCAGCGUAACAAUAUUUUGAUAAAUCAUUUCCUAAUUAUUUCAAGGGUAGGUUUACUUUGGGUGGUUUGUGUGCCUAAAUUAUCUAAAUUGUCAGAUAAAGAUGUCAUGUUCAUGUUCCUUAUUUAGGAACAAGUGAAUUUUUUAAGUCAUGUGGAAAAAAGACUAUUUAAAGUUGAUAAUGCAUUAGUUCAAUAUAAAAGCUGUCCUGUGGUUAAGGAAAUUACAUUUGCAUUUGAGUACCCACCACACACUUGUUCUGAAAGCACUUUUUGUGUAUUCAGAUCAGCCAACUUGUAUAAGAAUAGCAAAUUACUGUUUACCCAAAAAUGCAACUGAGGAGCUACAAUCAAAAUGGUGUCCUGUAUCACCUCAGUUACCGGAAAGAGAAUCAAUAAAUAAACUGCCAUUUAGAAAAUAACAAAAUGGCAAGUUAUUGUUUCUAACCCCAGGUUUUGUGGUUAAAUAUCACUUACAAUGCCUUGGUUGCAUAGCGUGUUCAGCACUUUGAAUUAAGAGUUAAAAUAAAAGCACUUGAUGUUCAACAACAUGUUUUCAACAAGAUUCCAAAGCUUAAGAAUUGUCUGUAAAUGGAGAGGUGUUACAUAGAGAAUUGAAACUAUUGCCUAUAGGAGUUCUCCUUAUUGGCAAGAAAUAUAGGAAGAGAAGAAUUUGAAUAAUAAGAUAUUGUUUACCCAAAUUUCAACGCUGUAUUGCAUGCACCAAUUUGGUAUUCGACCAUUUCACAGUAAAUGUCAGAAAUGAGGUUACUUACUUAAUCUCAUUAUAUGAAAUUGUGCUGGAUUCCUAAACAAAUGAUUGCCACAGUAAUUAAGACACUUGAUUCUCACAAAGCCUCUUUCCACCAAGGAGUAAAGAUGGAUACUAGCAGACUGUCCGGGAAAGUCCUGAGAAAAUGCUAAGGGUUAACCCUGUGAUGGACUAGCACUCUAUUUGUUUGGAGUGCCACUACCCCUUGUUAUUUUCUUCAUGCUGCUGAAGCCAGCAAAUGUCCCAGUGCUCUGGCAGUAUUGGUCUUCUGGCUGAUUCAUAAAGCUGAUUCUGUUCAUCCACACCUUACCUUACAUGCCCUAGUUGUGUUUACCCAGUAGAAUUGUUUUCACUAAUUCUUAUAUAUUUAAUUGUUGUCAGUGAUGAUUUUUCUCCAUUUAAAGAUUAUGGGAAGUGCUUCAAAUAUAUAAAUAUCUUUAGAUCUUUAACUUUCUUCUCCAAGGAAUUAGAUGACUCAGCAAUUCAGGAAAAGAUUGACCAUGAGGCACGCAUACGAGAUGGUAUUGUCAGGUUGUUGGCUGCCUGCCAUGAAGAGGUUCAAGCACUGGAAACAUCCAAAAAUCUUCUUACAAUAAAUGCUCGUAUCCUGGCACUGAUGGGACUGCUGCAAAGACACAGAGCAAAAUCUGUGAUGCUGAGAAAAGGAUCCAGGUACCUUCAAUAAAAUUUGGAACAAUUAAUAUAACAAACAGUGUACCAUUUAGUUGCACCAUAAAAACAAAGAUGUUCCUCUCUUUGAUUGUCUGUGACUGGGUUUUCAUCCAGGCUUAUUUCUUUGCCUGAUCUGAUCUCCCAGGCCUUGAGUGAAUCUUUCAGUCUUCCAUAUAGAUUGGCAAACCAUCAAGUUAAAAGUACAUUUUAAUAAGUAUGUCACGAUUUAAGAUUACGUUCAAAAUCCAUAUUUAAGAUUAUAAUUUUCUUAGAUUUUUAAGUGUUAUUGCCACAGUAUAAUAACUACUGAAAACAAAAAAUUUCAGGGGCAUAAAUGCUACCUUAAAUUUAAUUCCCAAUUCUGCAAACCAUGUACUCUUACCAUUGAGGAUCACUUUGGAACUAGCUGUAACUUGACACCUCAGACUAGGAAUAUGCCUUCCACACAUAAUAGUUUGGAUAUAGAUAUGGUUUCAGAGAGGUGUAUGGGACCUUGCAUUAAUGGUUGAGUGAACCUAGAAAAGCUAACCAAAGUCUUCCUUGUCUGGGGACUUUUCACAGAUUUUAUAAGAAAGUGAUGAGGUUGGUUGUUAAGUGGAAAAAUAUAAAUGCCCUGGGCAUGUGGACUGUGCCUUUUGUGUCCUACUGAGUUUGCAAUGGAUAUGUAAGCAGUGGCUAAUUUUACCUGUUUGUGAUCUCUAGUUCAUCAUUUCCUUUUGACUUGGAUGAUAAUGCAUCACCUUGCAAAGGAAUACUUUCUCUCUCAGGUAAUAUUUUUUUUAAAUUCAUGUGUUAGUUAUCUUGAGAGGGAUACACUAUAGACCUGGCUUUUGCCUAAAAUGCAUGAGUAUUUAAUCUGGAUUUAAGCUGGAUUUUGGAAAUGUUACCUGGACCUGAGCCUGUACCAAUCCUCCACACGUUAUGUAUUUAUAUGCUAAUACAAUGUGGUAUCUUUCUCUCUCUGUAUCGUGGAUCAUUGAUACUAACAAAUGAUGGGGGGAGAUAAGAAUUGUUUCUUUUAGCAAAAGAUGCAGUACUUAGCAAAUCAGAGUCAGUUAACAAUAUGUGAUGACUAUAAUAAUGACAAGCUAAGCUGCAUGUACAGCUAGAUAAUUAGGUUUUUUCAACUGAGUUGAUGAUGUAAAUUAGCCACCGCACAGAGUUUCUAAGCUGACAUUUCAAGUGCUAGCCCUUCAUCAAAGCAAGUGGAGGAAUGUGGGUGGGGAGUGUGUUUGUAUGCAGAAAAUUGAGCUAUGUUAUUGGUGGGAACACUGAAACAAGAAAAACAAGAAUAAAUUAGUUCUAGUGAAAAGCAUAACAUGUACAGCUGUAUUGGUAGUGUCCUAUUCCCAUUGUCCAUUGUGUUUGUUUGAUCUAAAUAGUGGGCUCCCAGGGAAUCAAUUUUGUAAUUUUGGGUACAUUUACUUGUUUGAUUCCUCAGACAUUCGUGUGCCUCUCAUGUGGACUCAAGAAGAUCACAAUAAAACAAAAGCAGGUACUUACAUGUUUACCCCCUUUCCCUUUGAAAUUCCAUGCAAAUCCUGUUUGUGUUGAUAUCUAUUAUUAUAAUUAUAAUUAUUUUGAUUAUUAUUAUUUUUGCUAUUAUUCUCAAAUCGUUUCUACAGUUUUUCUGGUAUGAUCGAAGUUUCAAUUUGUCACAUUUUAUCACUUUAGAUACUUUUACAUACAUAUCAUCUUAGACUGAGUUGCACUUAGUCCCGCAGCAUAAAAAUUGUUUUCAUGAGCACUGAAGAAAACUUUCUUCACUAUGAGGGAAAUCAAAAUCUUCAAAAGUGAAGGAAGUUGAAAUUGCUCAACCUCCCUGAGUAAGGGUAAGGAAAAAAACUGCUUUAAGUUUUAAAAUGUGUAAAUCAUUCUUUCAAAGACCAUAAAAUGGAAUGGGUAUGUAAAUUAACUCAAAUGGUUCAUCAUUUCCUACUAUUUUUGUGCAAGAUUAUCUCUGAAGUUUCCUGAAUUUCAACAUUUUCUUUCCUAGAGUGAUCAUGAUGUUUUGGUCAAUGAUUACAUAUUUAUAAUCCUUAGAACAACAUCUCUAUUAUGUGUUCUGCCUACUGAAGCUUGAUGGUCAAGUUUUGGACACAGCUCUUAUGGAAACAGAUGAGUCAGAGACAGACAUUCCAUUUGACAACAUUAUUGUCUUGUAAGUUCUGUUCUAUUAUAAUCCCUCCUCUUUGACUCUGCCUUGCAGAAUUUACCAGAGUUUUCAGACAAUUAUCCUGACCCUGUCUUCAAAAUUAAGCUGUCUGACUACCUGCUUGAGUUGUUUGUCACAGUUAAUAGAUUAAGUUAAUAGAUUACUUACUUAGAUUAAUACAGUUAAUAGAUUAAGCAUACUGAGUGGGCCAUGACUCACAUGUACACUGCACUCAACCUGUCAACUUUUACCUCUUCACUUUCUCAAACCAAAGUCUCACAAUUAAGGAAGACAAGAAUCUUUGUAUUCUCAUGGAGGAAUAUUUUUAAUUACAUGCAGUCAUCUUGAUGCAUUGCAAUAUCUCUAUUUUACUUCUUAAAGUUGAAUGUUGUACAGUAGAAUUUGAUCACUUUCCAUUUUGUUUAGAGUUCAAUUCACCAUUUUCAAGUGGUGGUCUACCUGUUCCUUGAGUUAUGUGUGAUGAUGGUAUCAGAUUAAAACCAGUGUCUGAAUUGUAAUUUUUUUUGUCCAAUCUUAGUGAAAAUGUGAGCCAUGACUUCAAGCUGGAUAUAGAAAUUUACUACACUGUUUCAUCAGAUAAUGCAGCAAACAGAGCUUCAGGAGUGAAAAGGCCAUUACGAAGAACUCAAGCGGGCCACGAGGUCCCCAAAUUUAUACUUGCAGGGCAUACACAACUGACAGUGGAUCACCUUCAUCAGAGGAUCAAAUCACAUGACCUCAAAACAGGUACAAUUUAUAUGUAGGUAAUUUAGUGUUAACAACUAAGUUAAAAACGUACGUUGACCACCGUAAAGAGUUUAAACGCUGACGUUUCAAGCGUUAGCCCUUCGUCAGAGCGAUUGACAAUCGCUCUGUUGAAGAGCUAACGCUCGAAACGUCGGCCUUUAAACUCUUUACGGUAGUCAAUUUACGUUUUGAACUUAGUUGUUAACACUGAAUUACUUGUCAUACUCUCCCACCGACGCAGCACCACAGUUUCUUGAGAAACUUACCCCUUUAUACAGUAGUAUGGUUAGCAUUAUUGUCAGGCUUGCACAGCUACCAUAUAGUUUUGUAAGAAAUUUUGGCAGUAGCGGUUUUUGUAACACAUCUCUGACCCAGACUGGACCCCCAAAAAUCAAUGAAAAUUGGGCUCAUUAUACUUUCGUGUUAUCCAUUUGUUUGGUGAAUUUCCUAGAUUUACACUGAGUGUGUGUGUGUGUGUUGCAGAUAAUAUAACUGUGAUGAGCGAUUGGGUGAUUUGGUUUAUGCCGUAAUGUUACGCGAGUUAAGCGUGGCAGUUUUGGCCUUCUACUCUCUUCAAAAACUAUCAGCUCGUGUUUCAAUGAUUAAUAAUAAUAAUAAUAAUAAUAAUAAUAAUAAUAAUAACAAUAAUAAGCUUUAUUUCAACUGAUAAGACUAAUCAGCAAUCUAAUAGAUUGGCUGGUAUGAACUAGUGAUCAGCAUGAUAAAUAGUAUCAAUCAAAAUCAAAGGAGAAACCCUAUAAAGAACUAAAUUAUGAAUUAAAAUAACAUAAAAUAUAUAGAAAAGCUAAUACUUAUUUUAAACUACAUAAAUGAUUAGAUUUAUCGUGUUCUAAAAAAUAUUCAAAAAGUAUCGCCUUAAAUUUAGAUAAAGACUGUAUCUCUCGAAUGUCCUUUGGUAAAAGAUUCCACUCCCUAGCAGCAGUACAUUUAAAUGACGUUUGACCCAUUUUGGUCUUUGUAGCAACAAUGUUCAAUAAGGUAGAGUCUCUAAAAUCUCUGGUAUGAAAGGCUGAUCUCUUAAGGAGAUAGUUCUCUUAUUGCUGUGGGCAAUUUAUAUUAUGUAUAAUCUUAAAAACAAGAUUAAGUCUUAGGAAUCUACGUCUACUCUCCAAUGAUAAUAAGGAAAGCUUACUACGCAUUUCUUGAGAACAUGUAUUACGAUUUGUAGAGAGGAUAGUACGCAUGGCCUGAUUUUGUAACCUUUCUAAACGCUGUGAGUUGUUCUUUCCACAGUCCCCCCAUACGAUACAGCCAUAGUCUACUAUGAGUAAUAUCGUUUAUUUAUAGAUAUUUAAAAGCACCCUUUGCCUAAGAAAGGGUGCAAUUCUAUUUAACAUCUUAAGCUUGGGAUAUAUCCUAGAGGCUAAAUAUGUAAUAUGCUUGUUCCAGCUAAGAGUAUUAUCUAUAUAAACACCUAAAUAUUUUAAGUCUUCACACUGUUUCAGUAGCCUCCCAUCCAUAAUGAUUUGUAAGUCUGGGGCAUUUUUCACUGCGUGUUUUGAUCCAAUCAGGAUUGCUUCGGAUUUCUUAUGAUUGCAGAUAAGACCAUCAGUACUGAGCCGAUCGGUAACUCUUCCAAGAUCUUCAUUUACAUACUGUCCAGCAAUUUUAACAUCUUUAUAGCUGGUGUGAAUUCCUGUAUCGUCGGCGUACAAUACAAUAUCACAGCUAUCACAAACGUCUGAAAUGCUAUCUAUAUGAAUAUUAAAUAGAGUCGGGCCUAGCACAGAACCCUGCAGUAUUCCAUAAGUAAUCGUCAAUUGUUCGGAAUCAGUUCCAUCACAUGAGACAAACUGGAGUCUUCCAGACAGAUAGCUUUCAAACCACUCAUGUUCCUUGCCAGUCACACCAUGUUGAGCAAGGUUCUGUAGCAAGACAUUAUGGUCUACAACGUCGAAGGCUUUCUUUAAAUCCAAAAACGCACAUACUACUUUUUCCGAUCUGUCAAUAGCCAUUUUCCAUGAAUCUACAGCUCGAAUUAGGGCAACCAUAGUUGAUGAAUGUUUCUUAAAGGCGAAUUGGUGUUGCUUUAUCAGACCAGCUUCUUGUGCAUAAUUAACAAGGGCCUUAUUUGUAAGAGAUUCAUGUAUCUUAGAAAUACACGGAAGCACAGAUAUUAGUCUGUAAUUAUCGCAUUCUGCCUUUGACCCCCCCUUAAAAACAGGACUUACUUUUGCGAUCUUCCAUGCAGAUGGGUAUCGGCCACAAUUGUACGAUUGGUUAAAUAUCUUGGUUAAAGUUCCACUAAUGUGGGGUGCAGCGAUCUUCAAAUACUUAGCCGAGAUGUUGUGUUGCCAUAUACACAUCUGAAUCCAAUAAAGGUUUAGGUAGUAGGUAAUACCAGACUGACGUUCUAUUUCGCUUUAAGGUUUGGUUGGAGCAAGCCCUUUAGCAUCCACUGUAUCUACUGAGGAUUCAAACAUGCCAAGACUAGCUUUAUGGGGCCAGAUUUGUUGUCGUCUUGCUGCCAGACCUGCUUGUGUUGAACAAGUCCGUAUGGAUGGUUUUCUUGAACUACAGGUACGGUCGAGUAAUUAGAGCCUGACACCUUAGUACUCAGUCAAAUAUAAAGCUGCUGUCGCUGUAAUUAGGGUUUCAAAAGAACCAAAGAAAUUAAUCAUGUAUAUCUUUAUAUGAUUUGUAUAUAUGAUUUAUUUAUAUGAUUUGUCUUUAUAUGAUUUAUAUGAUUUACAUGUAUAUCUUUAUAUGAGAGUAAUUCUUCUUGAUUAUCGGUGCAAAUACGUUGUAAGUAUAAAAGCCUCACCACAAGUUUAGUUGAAAAACCCCUGCUAGUACAUUAAAAGAAAUUUUACUCGUGGCAGGUUCUGUUUAGAUAAACACCACAAUUCUAUGUUGAAUAUUUUCAGAGAAUGACUUGCAGUCAGUUUUCAUGGUGUCGGCUCUGGUGUGUUUUGAGACAUGCGACAAUCAAGUGCUGGGACUGUAAAGAAGACUCCAAUCACAGAGAUCCCGUAGAAUGCAUAGAAAUAAAACCUGUAAGAUGCGGUAUCGCUACAUAUACAUAUUUAGUAAACGAUUCUGUACGUGUCAUCAGUGACUGUAUUUAUCGAGCCCUAGACUGGUGGAUGUAGGUUACCGGAUACCCUCAGGUGUCUUACGCCAAGACAUAUCUCUUCUUCUCAUCUUCCGUUUAGCGCAUAGAAAUAAAAGCAAGCUCUGCAUUUUGCUUGGUUCUCAAAAUGCUAGUCAAGAAACAGAACCUUCUUUUAUGAUAUGGAGUGGAAGAAACUGUCUGAUCCUUCAAAAACGUGAAACACGUCAGGAGGCGUCAGCUUGCAAGCUAUUUUUUGCUGAUCGUGCGUUUUCACACAAUCAACCUCCGAGACUAAAACCAUCAAUACAGCGGACAUUUCAGCGAUUGUAAAUUUUUUAGGCUAACAUUAUAAGGUUACCCACGACAAGACAAAAUUAUACAUAAAAAUGAUAAAACGGCAGUGAAUUCAAACGUACAAGAAAACUGAAAAUAUAUCUGUCGUUUUAAUAAUCAUUUAUGUCAAUGUCCGUCGCCAGAGUUAUUUUUGUAGAGUAAAGUUCUCCAGAUGCUAUUUAUUGAUUUGUUUGUUGUUUUUAUUCAGAAAAUGGAUAUUACAGACACAGUGAGUCCCACCUUCCAUCGUCGCCACAUCCUAAUACUUACAAGUCAAACACCCGAGAAGGAGCCAGUGUUGGCGUGUAAUUCGGACGAAGAGUAUGUCCGCUGGAGAGAUGCCUUACAGCAGGCUAUUCUGGAUGUGACAGCUUGGAAAGUUUCCUGCAAACAAGACAUGACUAUUGUUUACCCCUCAGUGCAUAAACUUCCUCCUGUGGAGACAAAAACUUUGUACGACUCGAUACAGGUCACACUGUCAUCAACUGUUGGUUAGUUUUACCUGUGAGAAGAUUCUCUUUAGACGGAAAUUUUAUUAUUUUAGUACUAUUUGGUAACUUCCUGGUACGCAUGCGACUGUGAAUAAUCAAUGAUUAUGGAAAAUUUAAUAAGUUUAACCCUUUAACUCCCAUGAGUGACCAGGACAGAAUUUCUCCUUACAAUAUCAAAACAAUAUAAGGCAGAAAAGUGAUGAGAAAAAAAGAAAAAUAUCAAUUAGGGGAUUAGUUGAUCCAAUACCAAAUUCUCCAAACCAACAUCACGAGAAUUGUAUGAUAGACAGUAAGGAGAACUACCAAUGACAUCUUAAGAGUUAAAGGUUUAAUCAGGAAAACGUCAACGGGACAAAACAUUCGAUCAAGGUUUCAGUCGAAACACAUCCCGCGCUAAGUACAUUCAAAUUUGCAUGAGGCCUCUUGGUUUUGUCAAUGUACACAGUUUGUAUGGCUGAAAUUUAGUCCAAAUUGUUGCUAAAUCUUUUCUCAGCUUGCACUCGGCAGUUUGAAAACAUGGUCAGUUAUUUUCCAUGUAUUAACGUUCUUCUUGAUGAGUAGAGCUCUAACUAAUUUUUUGCUUAGAAUACGUAGUGCUCGUUAGCCUUCAUUUUCUGAAACAAAAAAAGAAAAUUUCAGUGAAUAUUAUACGAUUUUAUGCACCAAUCGCGACCAGACAGCCAUAGAAAAUUUGUUUUGCACUGUAAUAGACUGCGUGCGUCAUCAAUGUUUCCCUCAACAGAACCUUGGAAAGCAGUUGACAAACGAGUCCCUCUAGAGGAACUGAAAUCAGUACCUGCGGAUUCACCAAGCAUCGAAUGUACGUAUGACAUCUGGCAAAGAAGAGUCCCUGAAAAUAGAAGCUUCAGAAAGGGAAAGAAAAAAGGUGUGGACGAGAAUGUGUUGAACUAUGAAACCACAAUUUGAAUCUGAAGACCUCUGCUGGACGUAAAAACUCCUGAUUGUUUCGUGGAUCAAAAGAACCCGCGGCUUCAACCCACCUGUUUUACUUUCUUUGUUAUUAUUAGCUGAGAAUAUUUGCAGCGCUCAGGAAUGAAAUUUUAAAAAUAUUACAGCUUGGAAGAUUCCUGAUUGAGCUCCUGAGUGCUGCCUUUUGUUCUUUUCGUUAACAAUGUAUGUUGUUUUAUCAACAAAGAAAUGAACCAUAUUGUGUUCUGGUUAUUUGUAUAAAAGUAGCUAAGUGUAAUGGAGAUAAUUGUUUUUGGAUUUGAAUAUAAAUGUAAACAUAAUUAUAUAAAAUAUAUAUAUUUAAAUAGUUAAAAAAUUGGCUGAAUGUUUCUCUGACUGGACAUCAACUAACUUGAUGGUGGAGUUUGGCCGCUCGUUACGUGGGAAAUGAUGGCUUUACUGGUACCAAUGAAAAAACGUUAAGUUACAUGACGAUCCAAGCUAUAAUUUUUUUUACUUUUUGUGACCAAUCAGAUAAUAAAGAUUUUUGUUACAAAGUCUUGAAAGAUUAUGAGCCCGAGGUGGAAUUCUGUGCCUUUUUUUAAACUUAUUUUCAAGUUUGUUUCUUAGAGCAGGGUAGUGAGAGAAAGUAAAGUCAUUUAUUGCUGACCAAACUUAGAUUUUAAAAAACUCCUACGUAUAUGAAGUCACUCUCGCUCUCGAUCCAACUCCCUCAAUAGAACUCGACUAGAACACGGUCUAGUAAUGGCGGACAUUUAAAAACGACAUAUCGUGGGUAAUAACUCGGCCUACAGCUUCUUUGAGAUCCAUUGGUUUUUUUGCCAAAAAUGAGAUCGGACGAACGAGAACGAACAAACGAAUAACAUUGAUAAAAAAGAGUGUUUUUAUCGCGCUUGUGAUGACAACUUUUUUUUAACGUUACUCGUGAGACAAACGAUUAAAAUAAUUUGUCUUACGAGUAACUCUCGAUUUUUCGUAUCAACCUAUCCAUCGCUAUUUUGACUGUACAGUGACCGUCCUGUGAAGAACGAUUAAACGAGAAUCACAGUUUUGUGUCAGAGAGUUACACGUUAUAGAAGCAAGUACCAGCCAUGGUCAAAUACAUUUUCUUGCUUUCCUGUUACUCUCAUCCGACUUCAUGUUGUUACAACCUUUAUCAUAUAGGAGUCGUUUGCAGUUUUUUUCCUAUCUUUCACAGGAGAAGUAGUUUUAAGUCGUUUUAAAGCCGCCAUAAACAGACAUUGAGUGUUGUCGUAUCCCUUGUCAUGAACGAAAAGUAAUUUAAUAAACGGG